UGAAAGCAAGAGUUUCUUCACAUGAAUGUUUAUUGGUGAUAAUUCUCUCUUGUAAUGACCGUCACACUGUUGAACUGAGUGAGAAACCACCCCUCCACACAGAUGUGGGAAACUCAGUAGGGGUGUUGGGUUUGGGAUCUGGUGAGGAAGGGGGGUCUCUGAGCCCUGCCUCGGCCAAUGGGCCACGGUCACUAGGGCUGACCAGUGUGGGCCCCGACAUAUAAGAAGGGCGGUAUGGCACCAGAGAAACCACAUCACUCAGAGGUCGCCCCCUCACAGAUCGCCUACAUCUACACAAAUCUAACCAAUCAUGGACAUAUUCUCUACAUCCCAGAUCUUCUAUGACAGCACCUGUGCAUCAUCGCCUGAAGGUUUGGAGUUUGCCCCCGGAGGGGAACUGGCGGGGUCUGAAGAGGACGAGCACGUCCGGGCCCCCGGGGCCCCACACCAGCCGGGUCACUGUCUCCAAUGGGCCUGCAAAGCUUGUAAGCGCAAAUCCAGCACGGUGGACCGCCGGAGAGCUGCCACUAUGAGGGAGCGCCGCAGGCUGAAGAAGGUGAACCAUGCGUUUGAGGCACUACGGCGCUGCACCUCGGCAAACCCCAGUCAGCGUCUUCCCAAAGUGGAGAUCCUGAGGAACGCCAUCCACUACAUCGAGAGCCUUCAGGAUCUCCUCAGGGAACAAGUGGAGAACUACUACAGCCUGCCAAUGGAAAGCAGCUCUGAGCCGGCCAGCCCCUCAUCAAGCUGUUCUGAAAGCAUGAUUGACUGCAACAGUCCUGUCUGGCCUCAGAUGAAUCCAAACUUUGGGAAUAACUACAACUUUGAAGCACAAAAUGCUAGCGCAGUGGGCAGAACUCCAGGAGCGUCCAGUUUGCAGUGUCUCUCCAGCAUCGUGGACAGGCUGUCCUCUGUAGAUACGGGAGUUGCGGUGGGAAUGAGGAACAUGGUUGCUCUCUCUCCGACUGGAAGUGAUUCCCAGUGCAGUUCUCCAGACAGUCCCAGCAGCAGACCAGUCUACCACGUCCUGUGAGACUCCAGCCUGGUUACCUGCUUCCACAAAACGCAGUGCAGAAUCAUUCACAUUGCAUGUUCAGUCAUGAAGCAUUUUGGAUAAUUUGAUAAUGCUUUCAGAUAACUAUAAGAAUGCAGUAAUUGCAAACAUCCAUUCAGCUCAAAGUCAAAGAUUUGCCUCAAAAUCUUGGCUGAAAAUGCAAAAGAAGUCUUCUUCACACAUUCUGUGUGUGCCUGGUUAUAAUUUGGUUUAUGUGCUCAUGUUUUAUGUGGUCAUGGCUUAAUAAAAGCCAUAAUAUCCAUAACAAAAUAUGUCAAUGUAUAGAUAGCAGAUCUUUUUACCAUGUUGACCGACUGUACGGAUGAACUACAUUGAAACUGGUUUUAUUUAUCAAUAAUAAUCGUUAAAUGCUGUUUUUUAAUAUUAGCCUUCAAUGUUAUCCGCUUAUUUUGUAAAUAAGAUUGUACAUAAUUUAAGUGACUGUUAUUGUAUUCAUGUAAUGUUGUUUCUGUCAUAUUUAAUGAACAUCCUUGCAUAAAGGGAC